AUGAAAUCACUGUUGGCGCUUGCCUUGCCACUUUCGAGGAUGACCCAAACGACAGAUGCCACGAACCCAUUCUCUGAAGGGGACCACGGAGCCCCCAAGCACAGCCAUCUUGCAGACCAAAACGCUCUCGGUGACGGGACUUGUUCUCAAAGUUCCCAAACAUUGGAGGUCCACAUUUGCGACUUGGACACGAAGCAUCUAUCUUACAGGAUUCUCAUUUUACCCGUCGAUGUCGAGACCCUCCACGUCACCGAUUGCCAGCAUCGCCUAGAAUUGGUCAACCCCAAGCCAAAGACAGUACGCAGAUGUGCGCCAGCAUCAUGUCUGGCCGUCUACGAUGAACAUCGGCCUACAACAUGCCGAAUUCAAUCUCCGAUACUGUGCGACCUGUGUUACGACGCGACCACCGAUGAAGUCAGAGUCAAAAACCAUUCCGAGGCUCCCCUUGUAUUCCAGCCCCUGGUCCUGCAAGACGUAGCUGCGGCGCAAUCAAUUAAACGAUCUUGCCUUGCUGCCCUCAGCCCAGGAUAUUGGCUGUGCAUCUCGUCUGGUUUCCCCAUUUUUCAAAUCCAAGUCUUCCCUCGAAAACAUAGCCUUUCGUUAGUUUGCCGACCCAAACGGGUGCCGAGGAAGAAGCGGCCACUAGCAGACGUCGACUGUUCAGAAGGCAACGCUCGGGAAGGUUCAACGUCAUUUCAGGUGAUUAAGUCUAUCGCGUCUUUGAUAGAUGUGCCGAAACACAGCACGGUGCUUGCCACUGGUCCAUCAUGUGAAUUCUCAAUUUUUCGAAUGAAAACAAUUUGCGAUACAAGAGGGGCUUUGCUCUUUCAGGCGAGGCACUCGGGAUUCCCUAAACAAACUAUUGUUGUCAAGGUCUUGAAGCGAAGGCCUGGCCGAAGUGCUGACUCAUGUGCUGCAUCCUGGAAACGAGAGUUCGACACCCACAAACAAAUCAAAUCCGAGUAUAUUGUGCAACUACUUGGAGGCGAUAUUCACUUUCAAGUCUUGUACAUGGUACAUGUCAACGCGCCUGACCUUGGGAAGAGCAAGUGGUGUGACUUCAAAGGUGACAAGCGAUUCCUGGGAGAUUCUUCGGACGCAGAGCGUGUUCUCAGAGACAUGGCGGCAGCUUUGAAGUACCUCCACAAUAAGAAGCUCAUCCACAAUGACAUCAAACCGGGCAACAUCUUAUAUGAUCGGAAGAUAGGUGCAAAGCUGAUAGACUUUGGCCUCGGAACAUCCACAACAGCGGAGUCUUCCACUGGCGGCACGCCGUGGUAUUUGCCACCGGAGUUCCUCUCAAGAGGACGACGUGGGACACCAGGUGAUGUUUAUGCUUUGGGGAUCGUGGCGGUAUAUCUACUCGAUUACAUUGCCAUCCCGGAAAGUGGACAGCAAUGGUUGAUUGCGGACGUACAUAGCAGUGACGCGUCGUCUGCAGCAGUAGCUAUGUGGAACUGGUUGCAAAGCAUUAGGCUGGUACGGGAGCAGUUAAAGAGAAACGUAGACCAGGUUCAUCAGCUAACACUACGAAUGUUGAGCCCGACACCAAAUGAACGUAUUACGGCAUGUCAGUUGAGCGGGGACUUCACGGAAUUGGCCAAGGCUCUGGCAAAAGCAUCUUAG